UACAAUAAAAUUAGUUUGGCAAUUUAAUUUUAUGUAUAACAAAUCUUUAAUAAAUAUAAUAGAAGUUUGUUGCUUUUUAUUACAAAUGUUCUUAAGAAAUAAAAAAACAUUGAAGGCAUAAAAAGAUAACACAGCUUAAUGAAAAUUAGGUAAAUUUGCCUUUUCAUGAAACACGAGCAGAACAAAACUGUGUGCAAAUCGUCUCUUGUGAUUUUUAUACUAUUUGGCGAGGCGCAGACGUCGCGCAAGAAGAGCUAAUCCUGCCGCUUUCACGUGCACAUCUCUUCGCGGGAUAAUAAUAUUUUAUUUAUUUAUCAGCUUUAAUCACAGCCAAUCAUGCAACAUUUUACUAACUCAUAGCAGACUGCUAUGACCCCCUGUCACCACACUUCUAUAAAUGUUUACAUGCAUAUGUUACAGUAUUUAAAAAAAAAAAAAAAUGCACACAAACUAUUCAAAAUAAUUUUAAUCUAAACAGCCAUGCUAUAGUCUCUUAAAUAUCUCAUUAAAAUAAAUGUCAAUUUACACAAUUAUUGUUUAAUGCUAUGGCGGCAGGACACCACUUUGUUAUAAGGUGGUAAAGAAUGAUAAUUUACAGUACCCAAUCCAAACGUAUAAAAUCAGUCUUAGAAAAAUGUUAGACUACAUAGUCUGCCUGUAGCCUAAACUUCCCCUCCUGCUUUAGAAUGAAUGUAGCCUUGUUUUUUUUCCUUCUCAGUAGUUAUUGUUAGUAAUAUCGAAAUUGUAAUGUAGCCUACAAGUUAAAAUGAAUGAAUGAAUUUACAGGUGUGCAAGGUGUGUGCAGAAUCUCAGGAAUGCAUCUUUGAUGGGGAUAAGCUCUCAGCUGCUCCAUCAGAGCUACAGGGUGUGCCGUGCACGUUUUCACCCUAGCCAGUUCAAGAGGCCAUAUAAUGUGUAUUUAUAUUAUGAAAAUAAUCAAAUAGAAAAUGCUGUUAGAAAUUUUUUUUUGAUUAUCUUGUAGCCAUGCUGGAUUGAAAUGGGAUGCAGUGCCCACAAGGGUUAAUGCCCCUAACCCACCGGAGUUAAGAAGAAAGCCACCAAAGUCAUCAGGAGUUAAGCAAAAAGAGUCAUUUUGUUCACCCAUCAAAUGAAGCCUCAUCCACUGCAGACAGUGUUUCAGAGACAGAUAUCACAACACCUGAUGCUGCUGUAGCAGAACCUUCGAUGCCACCGACCACUGUUGCCACCAAAGUCAUUGCCAAAAAACCAUGAAGCUGCUGCCAAGGAACGUGCCCUGAAGAUGAAGAUCAGGAGUCUGAAGUCACAGGUGUGCAAGCUGAAGACAAAAGUGAGGAAACAGAACCGGCUAAAGAAGACCAGCAUGGCAGGUGUUAAUAAGAAGUCAGUGAUGAAGCAGUUGAAGAAACUCUUACCAGCCAAAGCCUAUGCUUUUGUGAGUACACAGAUACGCAUGUCUCAACGCAAGGCUCUUGGUUUCUGGUGGACCACUCAUGACAAAGCUUUCUUCUUGGCUCUGCUACAUGCCAGUCCAAAGUGUUACAGGCUACUGUUCAAAGUGUUUUCUAUGCCAUCUGUCCGCACACUGCAGAAGCUUAUGAAGUCCACUGAUUUGAAACCUGGCUUUAAACAAAGUAUUCUUGCCACCAUUAAGAACAACUCAGAGAAGACCAGUUGUGAGCUUGUGCUGCAGUUCAGAGCAUAUGCCUCCCAGGAGAGCCCCCAGGUCAUUAUCGACACAGACCAGAUCUCAGAUGAACAUCGUUAUACCUCCCAGUAUAGUCCCAGGAUAACCAUCAGUUCUGAGAUUAUAGACGAACACAGCUAUGCUAGAGUGACUACUGAUUGUGGAGAAGCUGAGACGGGUUCCGUGCGGGGAAUAUGCAGAUCCAGUUGUCACUGCUAAUAGAGUCUGCAUACAUAAGGGAGUUUGAAUGGCUGGCUCACUGGUUCAGUCAAAAUAAACUGGAGCUGAACACGCUCAAAACAGUGGAGAUGAUAAUUGACUUUAGGAGGAACACCCCAGCAUCGACUCCGCUCACCAUUCUAAACAGCACUGUGGCAUGAGUGGAGUCAUUCAGGUUCUUGGGCUCUACCCUCUCACAGGACCUGAAGUGAGAGACUCACAUUGACUUCAUUGUGAAAAAGUCCCAGCAGAGGUUGUACUUCCUUUGCCAGCUGAGAAAGUUCAAGCUGCCACAGGUUCUGCGGAUCCAGUUCUACUAAGCAGUCAUUGAGUCUGUCCUCUGCACUUCUAACUGUCUGUUUUGGUUCAACUACAUAAUCAGACAUCAGAAGACUUCAAACGAUAGUCCAGACUGCUGAGCAGAUUAUUGGUUCUCACCUUCCCACCCUUCAAGUACUGUACACCUCCAGAGUGAGGAAAUUGGCUGGAAAAUUGCUUUGGACCCCAUUUACCCAGUACAUUACCUUUUUGAACUGUUGCCUUCUGGCCAGCGCUACGGAGCACUGAACACCAGAACAGUCAGUCACAAGAACCGUUUCUUCUCUCAGGCAUUCCCCUUAUGAACAUUUAAAACUGCACCCAAUACUCUCCAUUGUGGCAAUACAAGCAUGUGCAUAUUCAACAAUUUGUUUAUAUUUAUAUUAAUUUGACAUAUCCUACCUCUUCUGCACAAUAAAUUAAAUCACCUUGCACAUAACAGUAUAUAACAUAUUUGAACAACAGUAUUGCUCUAAUGCAGUUCCCCCUGUAUAUUUAUCUGUUGUAUCUUAUUUUGCAUUCAUAUUUCACUGUUUACGUAUAUAUGUAUAUAUCAAAUGUUUGUAUGUAUAUGUUGUACUAGAAGCUUCUGUCACCAUGACAAAUUCCUUGUGUGUGUAUGCAUACUUGACAAUAAAGUUCAUUCUA